AUGGUCGAGCUUCUUAUUCGUCUGAAAAAUGCUGCGAAACCUGUUAUCAACGCUGCUCGCUGCACUUUCAUUGAAAGGGAGUUGAUUAUGUGGGGUCUUCCCAUUACUCCUGAAGCUCUGACAGCAUUUGUGAAUCAGAAGAUAAGUGAAUUCCGCUCUGUUUUGGAAGAAGAUAUGGCUCUCUGCCAAGACCGUGCCAGCAAGCUGAGAGAGCUGUGCU